GGCGAAGUUCAACAAUAGAGUCCCAAGAUUGUAAAUGUUCCAAUGACCAUGUGAAUGUUCCAAUGACCCUGAACGCAUGCUAGUUAUUGGUUGAGGAAGCUCACUAUUAUUCUAGCGCGAAUAAUUGUGCAUACUGGUAAGCGACACUGAAUUAAUUGUCUUCUAGGAACUUUCUUUGAAAAGUUGAAACUGUCUUUGAUGAUUGGUUGUUAUUGGUGUCGAAAGUUUAACUUUGCCUGAAUAUCUUCUUCCUGUCCACUUACUGGGUGCCAGAGCGAAUAACGUUUGGGUUUUAGGAAUUUAUGAUACCUAGAUUCGCAAAGGGUUUAUGGAGCUGAUUCUAGAUAGGAGUGCUCAUACACUCCUCCUCCCUAUUAUUCAGCGUCUAGUGUUACCAGGCACCACCAUUCACACAGAUGAAUGGGCGGAAUAUAGCCAAAUAUCACAAUUGGGAUAUAUACAUCAUAGAGUGAACCAUUUGAAUGAUUCCGUCGACCCUGUCACCGGUACUCAUAAUAAUUCCAUCGAAGGUUUCUGGGGAAGAUUAAAAAAUAGAAUAAAAGCUAUAAAUGGUUUUCAAAACCAAGUUAUUUUUAGUCAUCUGGAUGAAUACAUGUAUAGAAAUUGGUUCAACUUAAAAACUGAAACCCCAAUACAAAAUUGGGAGAUAUUUUUAUCUCAUAUUAGAGAAAAAUAUCCUGUUUAACGUCUUUUAUGCUUUUUUAUGUAAAUAUACGUAAGAUUUUAUGCAAAAAUCAUCCUUUUUUCUGACUGGUCGGCUCAAGGUCACUUGUGCGUUCGUUCCUUGGGACUCUAUUGUAGAACUUUGCC